AUGGAAGUCUACGUCGAUGACAUGCUUGUCAAGAGCAAACUGUCAUCCGAUCAUCUGACAGACUUGCGAGAGACCUUCGAAACCCUAUGCAAGUAUCACAUGAAGCUAAAUCCGAAGAAGUGCGCCUUCGACGUAGGAUCUGGGAAAUUCUUGGGCCGAACUGUGAAGGUAAACUUCCCAGAAGUGCCAAGAGGAGGCGAAAGGGAAGUGAUGGGACCUAGGAUACGAAGCAGCUACCAAAGCUUUGUAGACACCCCACACAAGAUCUAUGCAGGAAACCUCAGCUGGAAUCUCAGUUCCCAGGGGCUUAAAGAAGCUUUUGCAGGUCACCCAGGUCUAUUAAGUGCCAAGGUCAUCUAUGACAGGGACACCGGAAGAUCUCGAGGUUUUGGAUUUAUCACUUUUUCAUCUGCUGAGGAGGUGGAAUCUGCCCUCAGUGCUAUGAAUGGAGUGGAGGUGGAAGGCCGGCCAUUGCGGUUGAAUCUGGCCGAGGAAAGAGCUCCUACUUCGCCACCAGCAGACUCCAGAAAUUCAGAGGACAAUUUUGGCAGCAGGGAAAUGCUUUCUAGCCUGGGCAACUAACAAGGAAAGGAGAAAGACGGAUUAGGUGUUUCAGAUGAUAAUAGAGAGUUGCGAAGAUGCAAACUAAAUUGGUGUUCCACGACGUUCAGCUUCCACUACUUUUAACUCUUUCAUUCAUCCUCAGGAUUCUAAUUGGUAUAUGGAGAGCGAGCACAAAUGAUGUCUAACCAAUGACAUUAUUAAUUGGAGCUUCUUACUUCAAUUUACAAGUUUCAGAUGUAAUUAUUCUGGGCUAUAUGAAAAUUGAUUGUAAUUGCAAUUUGUUGAUGUGUUCUCAAUUUCAAAAUGUUCAAAACUUCAGAUGAGGACUUGUAUCAUUAUUGAGAAAAGUAUUCUGAAGUAUUAGGAUAUCUAGACUUUGUUGGUAUUGCAACGUAAGUUAAUAUCUGCAUUCUGAAAAUGUAGAAAGAAUGGUCAAUGAACUUGAAA